AUGAAGCCGAAACCUCUCCCGGCAAACCCCGAGGUGCUCGUGGUCGACGUCGAAAAAGAAAAGGCCAUCACCGACAAGACCGAAGUCGAAAGCCCCGGCGGAAGCGAAGGGCCACCCAGGAGAGAACUGCAUCCGGUGGUGCCCUGGGAAAACUUGGAAGAUGAUUUGAAUGAUGAGAUGAGGACUUGGAUAGAGUCUCAUCCCGUGGCAAACCUUUCAGCAGCUCAACUUAUUGACCACUUUGUUGGCCAAAUUUGGAAGUCUGACUUUUCCUUCAGAGAGUAUUUAGGAUGGAGCCUGCAACCCACGGAGGUGUCAGACGAGAAGGUUCGAAAUCUCUUCCCGCUUCCCCUUUGGUUUGAUGAUGUUCAAGCUCUGAGAGAGGUUAUUAACCGGGGUGAGCACGGUGAGAAGAAAGACAAAAGGAGAGGAGGAUCCCUGACAAAGGGACAGGGCCAGAGGCCUGGCAUGGACUGGUCAACUUUCUUUACGGUGACAGAGCAAAAAGAUCACGGCCCCCCUCCGGGUUCGCAUGCCACUGCUGCUCAAGAAAAGGCGCUUUGUCGCAUCUGGGACCAACUGAAGGUCACGGUCUUCUUGGAUGACAAAGAUGUUCGGGGUGUGCCAAGAACCCCACUGGCGGAGUGGAAACAUUCAGUCCAGGAAGUUGGCAUCAGCUACACCGGGGAGUUAGUCCAAAAAGCUUGUGCAAUCACUUUGGAGCAGAUCCUGCCUGGAUUGCCCAAUGCUGAGCAUGGGGGCUUGGUGAACCUGACGGAGUUACUUAGCCCAGAGUUGGCGAAAAUGUUGGAGAGCCCUGGGAAGCUGGUCAAAGAGCGGUGUUUGGGACCGCGGCCAAAACCCCGCGUCCGCUGCAGCGAUGAAGCAUGGCCAGCGGUGGCCAAGGCAUUGUGGGACCGUGGGCUGGUGGCACCUUGUGAGUUUAUCCCUACAGUGGAUGAUGUGCCAGCUUUAAACGGUGCGUUUGGGGUGCCCAAGGCAGACGCUUUCCUCCCCUCGGGUGAGGAGAUCCUCAGGCUGAUAAUUGAUCUGCGCUGCACCAACUGGAUGAUGGAGCAGAUAGAGGCGGACACAGGGAGCCUCACAGGAGCAGCGACCUCCCAACGGAUAGUGGUGGAAGAAGGGAAGGAGCUGCUAAUCAGUGGCGAAGAUCUGACGUCUGCUUUUUAUCUUUUCAGGUUGCCAAAGGUAUGGAUCAAUUAUCUCCUUCUGGAAAAACCCGUACGCAAAAGCCUAGUGGGGCUUGACGGCUCUGGGCAUUGUUACCUGGGGCUCACUGUGUUGCCCAUGGGAUGGCAUAGCUCAGUGGGGCUCAUGCAGGCGGCUCAUCGAAGGCUUGCCUUGAGCUCGCCCCUGAACGGGGGAGCCGGGUUGCACCAACUGGCCGAAAUCACCCGGUUGUCAGAAUUCCCCGAGCAGAAUGAGCACGCAGGAUGGAGCAUGUACCUGGAUGACACAACCAUCGUCGAACAGGUGGCAGCCCAUGGAGUGGAGUCACUGAAGGACAAGCCCCAACCUGAACAAGAGAAGUUGAAGAGGGCUUACGAAUGGUGGGGCAUUCCCACUAACUCCAAAAAGCAAUUGGUGCGUGAAAGCCGCGCGGAGAGAUUCGGUGCGGUGUUGGAUGGCAAGCAGGGGAUCUUGAGAGGAAGCACCAAGCGGUGUUUGGAAGUGAUGUCCUUGGGGGCUUAUAUACGAGAGCAUGUGGAGGUGGACCGAAAAGUCUUGCAGAUCUACAGUGGAAAGAUGGUUCACCUGUUUCAGUUCCGUCGGUGUCUGUUCGCAGGCAUGGAAGUCAUCUUCACAGCAAUCGCCCAGGGUCCCCAGAAAUGCCUGGUUACCAAGGAGCUGGUGGAUGAAACGCUGAUGCUUGAAGGCCUGCUGCCCGUGGCCAUGUUCAACUUGAAAGCAGCAGUUGAUCCGGUGGUGACCGCCAAGGCCGAGUCCUUGCUUGAGGGACGGCCUUUGGAGGAGGAGAAAAGAGAGGUGCCAGAAGAGAUCAGCGGUGAAGAAAGGGUCCUUGUGAUUGACCUUUUUGCUGGCAUAGGGGGCCUAGGUGAGGCCCUGAAGAAAGCUGGGGUUCCUUGGAGACAUCUGGUGGCAGUUGAAAAAGACGCCAACUGCAGAAGACUGCUACGGAGAGCUCAUCCAGGUUGUGAGUUUGUGGUGGACAUUAAGAAUUUUGACAAAGGAGCUCUGAAAAAGGCGAUAGGAAAGGUGCCAAAUAUCACAGGAAUCGUGGUUGGCGGUGGUAGUCCGUGCCAGGGACUGUCAACGCUAUCGUCAGAGAGAAAGCACCUGGCCGAUGAGCGCAGCGCCCUUUUCUUUGAGGCGGUUCGGGUGCUCGAGAUGGUUCAGAAAGAAGCAGCUGAGCAAGGAAUCUGGGCAGUCCGGUUUGUGGAAAAUGUGGUAGCGGACUAUGAGGACAUUGAGGAGAUGAGUGAGGCCCUCAAGAUGGAACCAGUGAUGGUGGAUGCCCGGCACAUGUCGCUGGCCAGGCGGCCCCGUUUGUUUUGGCUGUCGGUGACACUCGCUGACGAGGAGGAAAUUGACAGCAUUCCAAGAAGAGGGUUCGUCGAAAAGGUCUAUCGGUCCAAGGUGUUGGAGGAGCCAUCAGAUUUUCUGGACGAAGGUUGCUCCUGGCCAGCCUGGGCUGAGAACAACAAGUUGCGGUUUCCAACCAUGACUCGGGCAAUACGGAGGAAGAAGCCCCCACCGAAUCCGGUGGGAUUGGAAAAGGCUGAUGAAGAGACACGAAGAAGGUGGUUGGGAGACCAGUUUAGGUACCCACCAUACACCUACCACAAGGACUUCAUGAUCCUGGAAGACGGUGCGCUCAGACCAUUGCGUGCCAAGGAAAGAGAGGUGCUCAUGGGGUUCCCCCCGGGCCACACAGAAAAACUUUUGAAGAAGAAGCCGACCAGUGAGGAGGAGAAGCAAAGCUCAGAGGACCUCCGCUCGGCGGCAAUUGGAAAUUCGUUUCACACCAAUUCAGUUGCAGCGCUGUUUGAUCAUUGCUUCAGCAGCAUGGGCCUGAAGACCAGAAAGGGGCCAACCAAGAUAGUUGAAGAGUACCUCGCAAAGCUGAGGGAGAAAAUCAAGGAAGAGAUCGAGGUAGCAGGUGAUGAAGCAGCAGAGGAUAUAGAUGAGGAGGAGGCAGCAGAGACAGAGGGCCUGGAAGAUCAUGAGACCCAGAGCGUGAUUGGUGCGGAGCACUGUGAGUUACUGGAGCGCGAGGCCCAGAACCAGCAGCUGCUGGAUGACACAGUGCGCUCUGAUGAGCGUCUGAGCCAGGCACUUGUGGCAGCUUACAUUCGAAGGCAGGAGUAUCGGGGCUCCGAUGUCAAGCUCGAUCUUGGGUCUUUGUAUCGACCGGACUCAUUUCCGAGGGGGUCGAUCCAGGCAAACCGCUGGAAGUGGCAUACUGCCACCGCUUACCGGUUUCGCAUCACUGAGCACAUCAAUUGCUUGGAGCUCAGAGCAUUGGUGCAGGGCCUGGAGUGGAGGUGCCGGAAGGCUUGUUUUGGAGAUUGUAGGGCCCUCCACCUCACGGACUCUCAGGUUGCCCUAGCGGUGGCGGUAAAAGGAAGAUCCAGUUCCCGUGCGCUCAAUCGGUUGCUGAAGCGGUAUGCGGCCUUGCAGAUUGGAAGUGGGGUGUAUCCUCUGUUGGCUUGGCCGACGAACCAAGCAGGAGGUAUGCCACCGAAGGCUAGAGUGGUAAUCGCUGCAGCCGCCAGCACGCAAGAGCGACAAAGGGAACGAAGAAAGAUUGGAUCGCUAAAAGGACAAGUCAUUGCUGCCAAGACGGAAGAGCGCUAUCACACCUGCUAUGAAGCAUUUUUGAAGUUUCACCGUUUGCAUAGAAAUUUUUCGGUUCCUGCGGCAGAGGUCUUCGACGAGAUGACUGCCGAAUUCAUUGAAAGUCUGUGGGACCAAGGUGAACCCAAAUCACAGGCUAACUACACCCUUGCGGCCAUUCAGUUUUUCAAGCCUCAGGUGAAGCAUCACUUGCCGUGGAGCUGGAAACUGGUGAAACUCUGGCAAUCCCUCGAAUUGCCACAGAGGGCAACUCCGUUGUGCCAAAAAACGUUAAUGGCCCUAUCCGGGCAAGCGUUUCGUUGGAACCAGCAGGCCUUUGGGUGGCUCCUGGUGAUUGGCUUCACCCUGUUUCUUCGUACAGGGGAGUUGCUCAGCAUCCAAGCAAAGGAUGUGAUCCUCACACGAAACAGUGGGGUGCUUUAUCUUCCCCCAUCUAAGACGGGGAAGCGCAACUUCUUACCUUUGGAACGAGUGGAAAUCCAGGAACGUGCAACCAUCCAGGCGUUCACCGCGCUGCUUCGUAACAAAGCUCCUGGAGACUUUUUGUGGGGGCAAUCCCGAGGACAGUUUAUGUCACUCUGGCACUCCAUCAUCCAAAGCCUGAAGUUGGAUGGAAUGGCCUACUUACAGUCUCAGGCGCGGUGGCGCUACCAGCGCUUACAAGGCUGGAUCCUCUUUGGAUCAGCUGGUCAGCCGUGGCCGAUGGGCUCAUGUCCAAACUGCCAGAUUGUAUUUGGACACUGGCAUGCAGGCCCUGGCCAAUAUUACCAUCCCUCCCUCUGCCCAACCCCUUCUCCAUCGCGCCACUGCUGCCUUUUUGGCGGCAAACCAGGAAGGGACGCGUGGAAGGGCAGGAGCCCAUCAAGCAGGAGGCCUCUUGUGAGGAACCUGCAUUUGGGUGAGGAGAGAGCGUUGCCUCUGUGUCAAAGGGCACGGGACAGGCUCCAAGGAUGGUAA